AUGAGACCCAUUCUACUACAAGGACAUGAGCGGGCUCUCACCCAAAUCAGAUAUAACAGAGACGGCGAUAUCAUCUUCUCGACCGCGAAGGAUCAGCACAUCUGCGCCUGGUUUUCCCACAAUGGAGAGCGUCUCGGAACGUACCACGGCCACCAAGGAGCCAUCUGGACCGUCGACUGCGACCCGACAAGCACCGUGAUCGCCAGUGGCGCCGCGGAUAACACGGUGAGGCUAUGGGAUAUCAGAACGAGCAAGUGUCUCAAAACAUGGAACUUUAAUACCGCCAUCAAGAGGGUCGAGUUCAACGAGGAUGGUUCAAAACUGCUGGCCGUCACCGAAGAGCGCAUGGGUCACCUGGGCACGAUCGUCGUUCUGGAUAUCAAGCUUGAUGUCGAGGCUGAGCAGUCGGAUGAGAAGUCCCUGGUAAUCACCUGCGACGAGAGCAAGGCUACGGUGGCAGGAUGGAGCUACAUGUCCAAGUACAUCAUUGCAGGCCACUGGGAUGGAUCUGUGUCGCAGUACGACGCGAAGUCCGGGGAACAACUGUUCAACAGUCAAGUGCACGCCCUUGCGCAGGGCGAAGAAGAUACCCAUGUGACUGAUCUCCAAUGGUCUUCCGAUCGCACCUACUGCAUCACCGCGUCGAAGGACAAGACGGCGAAGCUCAUUAAUGCAUCUGACCUCGAAGUCAUGAAGACCUACGCCACCGACACUCCCUUGAACAGUGCUGCCAUGACCCCCAACAAGGAAUUUGUUAUACUCGGGGGUGGACAAGACGCUAUGAAUGUCACACAAACCAGCUCGAGACAGGGUAAAUUUGAAGCCAGAUUCUACCACAAGAUCUUUGAGGAGGAGAUUGGCAGAGUCCGUGGGCACUUUGGACCCUUGAACACUGUUGCAGCUGAUCCAACCGGAAGGGGAUAUGCCAGUGGAAGUGAGGAUGGCUACGUUCGAGUUCACCAUUUCGACAAAGGCUACUUCGACUUUACAUUCGAGGUCGAGAGACAAGCUAAGGCAGCUGGGCAGCUGUGA